GAAAGAAGACAGGGGUAUUGUUGUCUUUCGUUAAAAAAUUAAGAAAAGAAAAUAAAUGAGUGCAUCUCUCCCAAGUCCGGGUCAAAGUCUCCCCUCACCAGCGAGCUCGAGCAGCAGCCGGCCGCACAACAAUCAGAUGAAAAGCCAGAUGUGGUCUCCUCUCCUGCUACAAGAUGCUCCUUAAGGUCCAUGUGCUCCAUGUCUGUUUUAUCCACCCAAUUGUUACAUUGCAACACAGGGAGCAUUUUAUCUCCUCACUAGGAAGUAGGAACCGUCAGUGCCUAGCUAACAACCAUUGUGAUCGAUGAAGGACCCUGGCCUGUUGAGUGCAUUUGUAGACAACCUCGUGUCGAGAUUGUUCUCGCUGGUGGAGGAGAAAUACAAGCUGUACAAGGGCUUUGAAGGAGAUGUGACUUUCCUGAUGAGAGAGCUUCCCAUGAUCACUAGUGCCAUUGACGGGCAGCUCUUGGGGCAGGAUGAUCACAUACUGCGUUUAUCGGUUGAAGAAUUGCGUCAUGUAGCUCAUGAAAUGGAGGAUUGUAUAGACCACAUCAUGUAUGAUGCGUCUUGGGAUCAGCAACCAUGGUACUGUAAAUAUAUGAAAUCUGGGAGAAAGAGAAAAUCACGCUCCCAGUUAGGCGAAGAGAUGCAGCACCUUAGGUACAGACUGGAGGAAGCACUCCAGCGGCAGCAGAGGUAUUCAGUGUCCCAUUCAUCCUCAUCCCAGCUGGCACAAUCAUCCUGGGAUCAGCAUGUCCUUCCUGAUGAUCUGGUUGGCAUCGAUGCUCCCCUGGAGGAGCUUCUGGAGCAGUUGGCGGAAGCGGAGGGUCAACCUAAGCAGCUGAGGGUGAUCUCCAUAGUUGGGUUCUGCGGAUUGGGGAAGACCAUCCUUGCCCGGGAGUUGUACAACAGCGAGAUUGGCAAGCAGUUUGAGGAAAGGGCAUGGGUUUCUGGGACGCAUGGGGAUCCAGGGGAGCUCUUAAGUGAGAUACUCCGUCAACUGAACAAGCCAGAUCUGGUUACCUCCAAUGUCAACCAGCUUAGUGCUGACCUUUGCAACUUCCUGAAUAACAAGAGGUACUUCAUCGUAAUUGAUGGCAUGAGGUCAGAUCAAUGGAGUAUUGUAAAGUCUGCCUUCCCUCGAGAUGUUAGCAGUAGAAUAGUGGUGACAACAAAAAUUCAGUCAGUAGCCAAUACCUGCAGCUCUACCCACGGUUACAUACACAAAAUGAGAAGACUUGAUGAGAAACACUCAAAGCAAUUGUUUCUGAGAAAUGCUUGUCCAGGGGAAUAUUCAGAUUACUUGCAGCCUGAUUCAGCAGCAAUUUUAAAUAAAUGUGAUGGUCAACCACUUGCUCUGACUACUGUCGGCCAUUUUAUGCGAAAAAAGAGUUGGCCGACAGGACAAGACUGCGAGGAUGUGUGCAACAAGGCUCGUUUCUAUGAUCUGCAGAGCGGUGACGAUACCUUGGACAGGAUGCAUCAGGUGUUGACCCAUGACUAUGCCAGCCUUCCAAGCCAUGCCCUCAAAGCAUGCUUUCUAUAUUUUGCUAUGUUCCCUAGUAAUCAUCCAGUCAGGGCGAAAAGGAUAAAGAGCCAAUGGAUAGCUGAGGGAUUUCUGCAGCCAACAAAUUUAUGCAAUGAUCCAGCUGCUGAAAAUUUUGAGAAGCUAAUGAAUCAGAACAUCAUCCAACCCAUUAAUGUAAGCAUCAAUACCAAAGUGAAAACUUGCAAAACUUAUGGCAUGAUGCACGAGUUCAUUACGCUCAAGUCUCUCUGUGAAAACUUCAUUACUUUGUUUGAUGGAGGGGAGCUCCAACCUAACCAUGCCCGUCGCAUUUCUCUCCAUCAUAACGGUAUUACAGAUGAAGCCAGUUUCAACAUUGAUCUAUCUCUUGUCAGGUCUCUGAUAGUAUUUGGCAAGGCAGGUAAAGAUAUGUUGAAUUUCAACAAGUACCAACUGCUGAGAGUCUUGGAUCUUGAAGACUGUACAGACUUGCAAAACGAUCAUCUCAGAGAAGUAUGCAACCUAUUGCUUCUUAAAUAUCUGAGCCUAGGGGGCAAUGUUACCAGCCUUCCCAAAGAGAUAAAACAAUUGAAGCUUUUGGAGACGCUCGACCUAAGGAGAACGAAUGUAAAGAUCCUUCCAACAGAAGUUAUUCAACUUCCCUAUUUAAUUCACCUGUUUGGAAAAUUUAAGCUUCGAGAUAAAGCCAUGCAAGAUGAACUGCAGAAAUUUCUGGCUUCAGGAAAAUGUAAGUUGCAGACACUAGGAGGAUUUCUCGUAGAUGAAAGUGAAGGAUUUGCAGAACUUAUGGGGUAUAUGAAAAAAAUGCGAAAGGUCAAGAUCUGGUGUGAGUCAUCUGCGACUAGUACUAAAUUGACUACUCUUCAGAAGGCCAUACAAGAGUUCAUUCAUGAUGAAAAGGAUGCAAGCAAUGACCCUCGUUCAUUGUCACUCUAUUUUGAUGGAUGCUCUGAGGAUUUUUUGAAAGAUUUAAAGGCUCCCUGCUAUCUUAGGUCACUGAAAUUACAGGGCAGGUUACUAGAACUUCCUGGGUUUGUCACGGCACUGCGCCGACUCAGGGAGCUGUACCUUCAAUCAACUAAAAUGACAGCUGAUCUUCUCACAGCUUUGACCAAUUUGACGCAUCUGCAGUACCUUAAGCUUAUUGCAGAUGAACUUGAAGAGAUCCACAUUAAGGACAAGGCAUUGCCAAGGCUGCUCGGCCUAUGUUUUGUGCUGCAGCGUCCAACAUUUCCAAAGGUUGAAAAAGGUGCUUUGCCAUUUCUUAAAUCUCUUCAGCUGCUCUGUAAAGAUAUGAAUGGCCUCUGUGGAAUCCAGAUCAAUGGUUUCACACGACUGAGCGAAGUAAUGCUUGAUUGUAGAGUCACUGAUGGUACUAAAGCAAACUGGGUGAGGGCGGCUAAGGAACAUCCCAACAGGCCAAUAGUUGUCCUCAAAAGGGCUAUACCACCUAAGGUAGAUCAUGGAGGAGAUUCCACUGCAGCAGGGAAAACUGAGAAUGAGAUUGUAGAUUGUUCUGUUCUGUCAGAGGAACAGGUACAGGAGACUCACACCCAAAUGCCACACGACGAAACAGAUUCUGCUUUCAAUAAUAUGGGACAGCAAGUGGUUUGUGCCGCUUUAACUGGUUCAUCCAUUGCUAACAAUGGCCGAGUGGCUUCGUAGUUCUUCAUUUCAUACAUGCAUGACAAGGAUUCUGAUCCUUGUGGGAGCAUGACGAGCUCCAGCUCGGAAAAAACAGCUCCAGAUCCAGCUAGCUCCACCAUAGAGCUGCUCCACCGUAAUACCAUAGAGCUGCUCCACCGUAAUCUGAAAUCUCAAAAAACGCAAAAGCUGAAGCAUUCAGUGGAGGAUUCUUGUCAGUUGGUAGAGUUACUACAUAAUUUGGUUCGUCAGACUACUGUGAAGAAUAUUUCAAGGCGGUCAAUCUCAAGUCAUAAAAUUUCCUUCCUUAAUGAUCAUUGAAGUAUCUUAUCAUUCCAUUGUCUAAAUUACUCCACUCUUGAGUUAUAGAUACAAUACUUUUUCCAUCGUAUUUGAAUUCAGUCAUAGCCUCAUAGGUUGCAAGUGUUGUAUCAUUUUCUUGUAAACCAGGAUUCUUUCCUGCACCUUUCUGUAUGUCUACAUGUUUUCCCCCAUUUAGAAUCUGUAUUAAAGUGAACAUAGUUCGUUUGAUAAUUAUGCUAUCCAAGAUGUCAAUGAACAUAUGACAUUUGGAAACCUGAGGCCUACUACGGAUUAUUACUUCAUA